AUGGAAGCAUUACAGACGGCUUGGGUAGCCAGGAAACUGUACUUGUUUUCUGGAAGCGGCUUUGGGAACGUUACUCUUCUCUUUGAUAAUCAAGUGGACUGGGCAGACGAGGCUUUUGUCAUCAAAACUGGAAUUGUCGGGCUGCUAUGUCAAUGCUUUUCAGCUUGGAGAAUAUGGGUCUUAUCCAGGUCGAAGAUCAUGAUAGUUUCAGUGGUCAUCCUAUCUCUGCUAAGUACGGCAGCGACAUUCGUCGGAGGCGCACAUAUCAUACAAUUGGGUGCGCUCGAUUUGAAUUCAGUUCUGACCAGGGACACUAUCACGAUUAUAUGGGCUACAUGUUCGGCUCUCUGCGACACCACGAUCUCGAUUUUCAUGGGAUUGAUCCUUAAACGAUCGAAAGUAAGGGUACAGCAGGGCACUAGGACGCUGAUAACCAAGGUCCUGUGGUUAACCGUGACGACGGGCGCAUUGACUGCCUUGAUGAUGACUUUGGGCCUUGCACCUACAGCGUUCAUGGCAUUAUCCGCUCUGGUUUUACUCCUGAUUAGUCCGCGAGUCGCUGAUUCAUACCUCCCCAUCAUCAUGCUGAUGGGAAAGGUGGAGUCUAACAGCUACCUCGCCGUUCUUAAUUCCAGACUUCGGCUUGGGAGUAGGAGAGACGAUACUCAUACGCCAUACUACUCCGCCUUUGCCGUAGCAUCCGCUGGAUUUGAGGUGGAGUUGGGGAACUCCCGCUCCCGGUCCUUACAUCGUCCAAGUUCCGAGAGGGAAGCGCGUCCUCGAAGGACGAUACAAAAAAUACGCCGGCGCUCGAGGCCUGAUCAAAGUGACCCCAAGGCGUGUUUAUCGGCUCGCUUCCCUUCCAUAUUUCUGGCGUUGGGCCGCGCAACGGGAAAAGUAGGACGAGAUUAG